AUGGAACGCAUAAAUUCAGCUUCAGAUUUGAGCCCGCAAGCGUUUUUGUUUGAAGGCACUGUGCUGUAUGAUGUUGCUGGUUACGUCAAACUCUUGCCAAAAUACCAACAAUGGCAGAGAGCUUCAUCAGCAAAGAAAAAGCUGUUAAGCAAUUUGAAAAGACCCUUUAUGCUUACAAUUAUGGACACUUACUUUGUUGCUGCCACUGCUUAG